AUGGCGGAUCCAAAAGCAGGUGGGAUAGUGAAAAAGGGGCAGGAGGAAGGGCUUGAACUGGCAGUUGCCCUUUUGAAGGAGUUUGAGCUGCCGGAGGGGCUACUCCCUUUGGCCGACGUGGUGGAAGUUGGGUACGUGAAGGAGACUGGUUAUGUAUGGAUUGUGCAAAGGAAAAAAGUGGAGCAUGAGUUCAAAAUGGUGAGUAAGUUGGUGAGUUAUGACACAGAGAUUACUGGCUUCAUUUUGAAUAAAAGGAUUAAGAAGCUUAAGGGGGUUAAGGCUAAGGAGUUUCUGCUAUGGCCACCUGUUAAUGAUAUCUCCAUUGAGGAUCCUUCCACAGGAAAGAUUCAUUUCAAAAGCCUCGCUGGGGUUACCAAAACUUUUCCAAUUCAAGCCUUUGCUGCAGGCCAGUGA